AUGCCAGUAUGUCAGUACCCAGCACUAGUGAGAUAUCUAAUAGAAUACACUGACGUAACGGAGAAGACCAAGACAUUGCUCAAUGAGAUACGAGACUUUGAAACACAGAUGAUCAAGCACUACAGGGAUCCUGAACUAUUCAAUAGAAUCAUUAUUGACAGACUCAGACACCAUCUAGUAGACUAUCUGUUAGAGAAGUUUCUCAACGACGUGCAGAAUAAGACACUGGAUGUGGAGGUGCACACUGAGCGAUUGCAUAGAACAAUGCAAGUGUUAGAGGAGCGUUACCGCAACUCGGACAAAGAGUUUAUACACAUGCAAAUCCUCAAGAUCAUAAGAUACCAAGCACUCAGCUACUAUGGGCAGCAGGAGAAAGUAGAUGCCAUCAUCAAGGCAGACAAGCAACCUGAUGGAAGUGAAGGUCACUUGUCCGAUAUGAAACACACAGUGUUUUACUCCCUUACUGAAGCAACCAUAAGAGCGGCAGCCAAAGUGCAGGCAGAUCGGUUGUAUAGAAAGCGCAAGCGACACAACUCGCAGACAGCCACCCAAAGCCAGUCUCAGGGUAGCCCAACCACUACGACCAAACGGCACAAACCGGACAACGGUGCUCCUAAGCAAACCAAACCAAUAGGACAAGCCCAAGAGAAGAAAGGGGUGCGCGAGGAGCGUGCAUGUCCUUAUUUCAAUGUGAAGGCAUCGAAUCACAUCAAGCAGGCUGAGGAGCGUGUCAGGAACGAUCUGCAAGUAGCAAGAUUGUCCAUUACCUCUGGCAAGCAAGACUCGAUGAUAGUUGAAAAAUCAAACACCACGUUCCUGAAAGGCGGCACGACAAGCUGUGGCAAAAUACCAUGGGGGAUCACACAAGUAGCCAAGAUAGGCACAAUGUCACCAUACUUUGACCAAAAACUAGCACAUCCAACCAUGAAGAUCGCUUCGGUACAAACCGGGAACGAGUCGGCAGAGCCAGACAGACAUUUAUGA